CCGGUGUCCAUAAUGAGUUUAUUCAGUAGAGUGAAAGCUGCACCAGUACGAGUCUCCUCAAUGGCUAGGUCAGCUGAUAUUACAGAAAUUGCUUCAGACAUAGUCACAAGAAGAAUGAGUAUAACCAUGGGGGACCUUCAAGGUUUAGGGAUGAGUUGGAGAUUUGUAACUGCGAUGGACAGUAACUGUGCCUUGAAAAAUAUAAUGUGCAACCCUAAUGACAUGUACCGACAACCAAAUGGAGCCUGUAACAAUUUGAAAAACCCAAUGUGGGGAUCUUCAAUAACACCACAGCCUCGGUUUAUUCCUCCACACUACGGGGAUGGUAAGAACCUUGGAAUUAUUCCCCGUUAUCAGAGUGUAAGUGGUGGACCAUUACCUAAUCCCCGGCACAUCAGUAAUUCUGUUCACAAUGGCGGCACCAGCCCACCAAGAGGAUGCCAGUUUACUGUUUUACUGACCUUCUUUGGCCAGUUUGUGGAUCAUGACGUCAUAUCUACACCAACAAAAGGAGAUAGAGAAGGCAUUGAGUUUAGAUGUUGCCAUGGCAAUAUGCCAAUUUUGAGACGACCUGAAUGUUUCCCCUUCGGUACACCACCAGGAGAAUUUAACUCGACUUGUAUGCAUUUUGUUAGAUCUGAAAUUGCGCCAACAGUGGACUGCUUACCAGGUCCACGAAACCAGAUGAACCAAGCUACCUCCUUUCUUGAUCUAUCAGUAACUUAUGGCAGCACACACGAAACAGAGCAGGAUCUUGUUGAUAUUAGCACAGGGAAAUUACAUGAAGGCGCAUUUGGAAAUCUACCACAAGGAGAAGGGGAAUGUAUUGAAAACACACGGUGUUUUCGUUCCGGUGACCAAAGACACACAGAGAAUCCUUUUCUAAAUACAAUUCAAACAUUGUUCAUGCGUGAACAUAACAGAAUUUCUGAUAUUUUACACAAGCUGAAUCUACAUUGGAACGGAGAGCGCAUUUACCAAGAGACCAGGAAACUUUUAACUGGCAUUUAUCAACACAUAGUUUUCACAGAAUUCUUACCCGCAUUGCUAGGUGAUGAAUUAACUUCACAAUUAGGACUAUUAUCAAAACCUGUUGGAUUUAAUACACAAUAUAACGACAAUGUAGAUGCAGGAACGAGAAAUGCCUUUGGAGCGGCUGCGUUUAGAAUAGGUCAUACCUUUAUAGGAUCAUUAAUUGGGUCGAGUGAUUUAAACUUUAAUGAGAUGCACAAUAUCCCAUUAGAGAAUGAAUUCUUCAACCCCCGCACUAUCUAUGACAGGAAAAACUUCGGUGUAGAGGGCAUCUUCAGAUGGAUGUUAAAUCAAUUCCAAUCACAAUCAGAUAGGUUCUUAACACCAACUGUGAGGGAUAGAUUAUUCCAGACGAGACCAGGGAACGGUUUUGACUUAGGUGCUCUGAAUAUUCAGAGAGGUCGAGAUCAUGGUAUACCGUCAUACAACAGCUUUAGACGGCAUUGUGGUUUGCAACCUGCUUGGACCUUUUUUGCUGGACCAACAGGACUUGAACACCACGACAAGGGAGCUGCCCUUUCCUUGCAAAAGAUAUACAAACAUCCUGACGAUAUAGAUCUAUUUCCCGGGGGGCUGUCGGAAACGCCCCUAAAAGGUUCAUUAGUCGGACCAACAUUUGGAUGUCUUAUAGGCUUACAGUUCUUAAUGUACAAAACAGGAGACAGAUUUUAUUAUGAAAACAAAUUUCCGCAAACUGGAUUUACCAGUGAACAGUUGAAUAUAAUUAAACAGCAGUCAUUGUCUUCCAUGUUGUGUCGGAACACUGACAUACACUCUGUCCAACCAAAAGCAUUUGUUUCACCGCUUCCGGGAUGUAAAGAAAGAAUUCACAGACAGCCAUGUAAUUCAUUUCCCAGACUCGGUGAACAAGAACUUACUGCAUGGAAAGAUUAUAAUUUGAGAUAA